CCCCACAAAGUGGAACCCUCAAACCAGGAUCUGAACUUGCAACCUUCCGACUGCGAGCUGCUCACUCUACGGCUGAGCCGCCUGUAAUUAAAAUUGUCACGCAGGAGGGCACCCGCCACCCUGCAUGCGCACGCACGCACGCACGUACGCGUGGCGACGUCCGUGUUAGAUGAACACGCGUGACGCUCGCGCGUUUCCGCUCGCUCCGCAGCAAUGCAUUUCCACUGGCGACGGCGUUUCUUCGGACCGGGCACCAUCGGGGAGGGCGUCUUCAACGGCUUCGACCCGUACAUGCCGCAGUGCACGGAGCCGGGUGGCUGGGAGCCGGCGCAGUGCGACAAGAGCUCCGGUUUCUGCUGGUGCGUGGACGCUGCCGGCGAGUUCGUCGCAGGCUCCCUCGUGGCCCGACCCAGGCGCCGGCCGCAGUGCGCCACACCGUGCCAGAGAGCCCGUGCCGAGGCUCUUCUCACCGGCUGGAAGAGUUUGGGCUCCGUGGAAAACGGCAGCUCCAUCGAAGUCCUCACCAAACACACGCCGGCCUGCACCCCGGUGAGGCCUCGCACCGCCCCGGGCGCUGUCUGCGUUGUUAUCGUGAGCCCCGAAGCAAGGUUCUUUGUGGGCGAGCUUGGCCGUUUGUGAACUCGACCGCAGUGACGUGGCCGAGCCGUAAGCACGUUUGCUGUUCGUUGCAGAGGCUCGCGGUGCAAUCUCCGCGGUCGCGCGUGCCGGCGUAUUUGGAAAAUUGACACCGCAAAUUGAUCAACUGGGAAAACACAAAGCAAUCAUUGCCCCUACUGUGACACUAUUGCAGACUUUGUGACAUUUAGCUCCUCGCGCGACGAUAAUGUUGCAAGUAAUACCGAACGUGCUAACGAGUUGAUUUGGCGCGGGGUGGCCUUCCCUAUGACCACUGUGAGGCUUCACACGUUCGGAAAAACGGUGCAUAUUCAUGGCCUAUGUAACGCUACGAAAUAUGUUGCUUUAGCGGUAGGUUUCAAGCCGCACAGCGAGCCGACGUGACGGAGGGCGAGACGCGUGGCCUUGUGAGACUAAGUCACAUGCGGGGGCUGUUGGGAGAUGUGGGGGGGGGAGGUCCUCGCUUUGUAAAUUCAAUUCCCUCCCCUUCACUCUUUCACCACCGCCAAUGCCCAGUGCCUGCCAAACACCCGGUUGCAAUUCACCUUGGUUAUUCUGAUUCUCAUUUUUUAAAAUGUGAUACUCAUUGUAAAGACCAAUUACAGUCGAAACGACCUUCUGUUUAUGUGCUAUGAAGAUGAGCCAUUGCCUGAAACGUCGCAUAAUAUAGUUUUUGUUUUCUUUGAAGGUAGUGGAAUUGAUGAAUGUGGUGAUAUUCGUAAAUAACACAUCAUCGUG